GCCGGCGUCGCUCUCGCUGCGGCAGCGGCGGCUCCGAGCGGGGCCCGGGGUGGCCCUGCCCGCUUUUCCCGGCUCUUCCCGGCUCUUCCCGGCCCUUCCCGGCCGUUCCCCCCCGGCCCGGCCAUGGCGCUGCUGCGGGCGGCCGCGCUGCCGGCCGAGGGCGGCCCGGCCUGGCUGCCCACGCACGUCCAGGUGACGGUGGUGCGGGCCCGCGGGCUGCGCUGCAAGGGCGGCGCCGGCAAAGGCAAAGCGGGCGGCAGCGACGCGUACACCGUGAUCCAGCUGGGCCGCGAGAAGUACAGCACCUCGGUGGCCGAGAAGAGCGGCGGCAGCCCCGAGUGGCGGGAGGAAUGUGCCUUCGAGCUGCCCUCCGAGCCCGGGCCCCGCGCCGGGCUGGUGCUCACCGUGAUGCACCGGGCGCUGGUGGGCAUGGACCGCUUCCUGGGGCAGGCCGUGGUGCCCCUGGAGCCCGCCCGGCAGCGCGGCAGGGAGCCCGACGAGCGGUGGCACAAGCUGCACUCCAAGGCCGGGAAGAAGGAGAAGGAGCGGGGUGAGAUCCUGGUGAGCAUCCAGUUCACGCGGAACAACCUCACGGCCAGCAUGUUCGACCUGUCCAUGAAGGAUAAACCGCGGUCCCCCUUCGGGAAGCUGAAGGACAAGGUGACAGGCAAGAAGAAAUAUGACCUGGAGUCGGCCUCUGCCAUCAUCCCCAGCAGCCUGGGCGCCCUGGACGUGGAGGAUGACUAUGAAUUGGGGGGCAAGAAGGCCAAAGUCAAGGGCUUCUUCCUGAAGAACAAGCUGCGCAAGUCGUCCCUGACGCAAUCCAACACUUCCCUGGGAUCCGACAGCACCAUCUCCUCUGCCAGCCUGAGCUUGGCAGCAAAUGUUCCUGAGGUAACCAAAUCCCCGAGCAGACACAGCAGUCUGUCCAUGGAGCGCUCUGUGAAAGACUAUUUGCCGUCUCCCACGCUGACCCACAAGAGAGCCUUCAGCGACGACGUCUCCCAGGUCAGCCCGGUGCCGGAGCCCAGAGCGACCCAAAGCCCGAAGCCAAAGAACGACCCCGCGUCCCGUUCCUCCCUCUGCAUCAACGGGAGCCACGUUUACGGCGACGAGCCCGCCCCGAGGAGCCCCGCGCCGGUGCCGCCGGGCUCUGCCCCGCUGCCCGUGCCCAGGAGGCAGGAGGAGGGGUUGGGCUUCGCCCCGCUCCAUCCCGACCCCCACGAGGCGCCCUGGGGGGCGGGCGGCUUCGAGAGGUCUCAGCAGAGGGAUGAGCCGAGGUUCAUCCCGUCCCCUCCCAGCUUAGCCCUGCAGGAAGAGCUCAAGGUCUCCACCAAGGCCGUCACGCUCAGCAACCACCUGGGCAGAGCCCGGAUGGAGGAGAGCGGCCGCCUGGAGAACAGGCCGGCUCAAGCCGUGCCUCCCACGGGCUCCUCCUCGGAGGCAGCGAAGGACCAACAGCCUGAGGAGGCCAGGAAGGAAGAGAAGAAACAAGGCGGCUUCUUCCACCACGGGGGCAGCCGGAGCGAGGCGGGCAGCAAAGGCCAGGGGGAGAAAGUGGGACCCUCCGGCCACGCCACGGCAGCGGGAGACGAGAGGAGCAAGAGCAGCGGCUGGUUUGGUUCAAAGGAGCCCAAAGAUUCCCCUCAGAAACCCAGUUUCCCGUGUGGGCCGCAUGCUUCACCAGAGGUCGCUGGGAGCUUUUAUUCCUCUGAGGAUUGCAGUCCCUCUGCCUCCCUAAGGCACACAGACCCAGAGGGGGAGUCUCCAGCCAAAAGCAUUGGUGUCCCCGUUCCUGAAACCACUCCCCCAUCACAAGGAGACCUUCCUCCUCCGGACACCGAACCCGCCGUCCCUCCGCCGCUCUCGGAGUGGGACGACACCUUCGAUGCCUUUGCCACCAGCAGGCUCAAGCCAGAAGGGAAGAAGGAAAACUUCUUUGCUUCCCUGGCAGCAGAGGGCAUGGCUUUCAUCGACGACGCCGAUGCCGCCAGCCCGACGGAGAGAGCGGCCAAGCCAGCCCACGAGAAGGGGGCGCAAGGAUUUGAAAAGGCCGAUUCCCAGAUCGGCGGCGAAAUGCCCGCGGCUCUUCGGUCUUGGACAAAUUUCUCCAGUUUAGAUGUGGGGGCCAACUUGGUGAGCACAACCCAGGAGGCCACGGUGAUAGAGGACGUGCUGAGCCCCGUGUCUGCGGGGUCCGUGGGGAGGAGGAGGAAGAGCAGCACGCCCAUGGUUUGGACAGCCGCGUUUGCGUCGGGGAACGCCGCGGAAAAAGAGGCUUCGACAGCUGGAAGUAACACUAGGGAGGGAGGGGACAGCGAUGAGGAGGAAUCCUCUAGUGCAGGGACAAAUGGCUGGAUGACCAUCGCCACGGAAACUGCUCCUGAGCCCUCGGAGAGCACCCAAAGCGUGGCCGAGGAGCGCGUGGGUCAGGACAGCGUGUUCAGACCCGCCUUCCUCGGCGACGGCGCCUUCGCCGGCAGCGCGUCCCGCGCCGCCGCCCGCGUGUUGCCCAGGACCCCCUUCCCCCCCGAGCUGGGCCCCGAAACCCUGCCAGGCAGCAACGUGGUGGCUGUGCCCCCACGGGUGGCAGCACGGCCGCUCCCUGCCCCUCCCGAGCCGGGGACGGAGCCCCAGGGAGCCGGGAAUGAGGAGGGCGCCUUCGACAUCCGGACGUCGGUGUACCGGCUCCAGGCCAGCAUGAGGCUGGAGGCCAGUGAAAGCCUCGUAAAGCUCAGCUCUGACAUCCGUGAGAGGCACGUCGUCCUCUCCCCAUGGACGGGGACCCAAGAGCGGGAGGAGAUCGUGGCCGGCUCGGCGGUGCCGCCCCCAAAACCUCCCCGGUGGUUCGCAGCUGCUGGUGUUGGAGGGGACGGGGAGGAGGAGGAGGCUCCUGGCCCACAGCGAGGCAAGGAGGAGCGAGGGGAAGACACAGAGCACCCAAAAGCAGAUGUGGAGUUGCCAAGGAGCCAUGUGAGCAGCGAGCCUGCUGUCCCAGCAUCUCCCAGCCCGCCUGCCCUGGGAGUGGACAUCACCGAAGCCAGGAGGGAGUUUCUGAUCUCCAAGGAUGCUGAAUCUGGGGACUCAACAGUGAGAGCCAGCGAGCUGGGAAAAGGGGAUACCUCUCUGGCGGAAGAGGCAUCGGAGAUGAACGAGACGGAUGCGGCUGAGCAGUUCGAGACGUGCGCAUCCAAGUUCUCCCUGGACAGAUUAGGCCAGUCGGGUGCUGAGCAAAGCUGGAGCUUGUCCCCUCAGAUGGGGCCCACAGACAGUGCCAAGUGGGAGAUGGCCUCCAAACAGGAGCCAUUCCCCGAGGAGCUCAGCAUUUCAGGACUAAACCCACCUUCCACGCUAGACCUGGGCCAGCCAGAAAUGUUCUGGACGGCUCUGGAAGAGCAGGAGGCAGCUGCUCAUCCCGCUGCUCUCAGCCCAAGGUUAGCACGCAGGGAGAGCUCAUCCCGGCCGGAGCCGGCAUGGGAUGAUGGUGAGGGGCGAGAGGGACAACAGCCUGAGCCUUGUGCCCCCACAGCAGUGGCCAGCCCUCCUGAGGAGGCAGAGCAGGGCAGACCCCCCCGCAGCGAGCCCGAGGGGCCGUGGCACUCGGCAGAGCGCAGGAUAGACUUCAAGAAGGCGGAUUUCUGGAAGCCAGACAGGGCGGAGGAGAGGCACGAGCAGGGAGCUCCAUCCCCGAAAAACCCCUUUACUCUGGCCCUCAGCCCGAACUCCCCAGGCAACCCCUUUGUGGAGACACCCCCAGACCCCCUCCCUGCUCAAGCCGCGCUGCCCGAAAAGCUUGACCGGGGCCCCUCGAGCUUCGCCGGCCUCCACGAGGAAGCCUCGUUCCUGCCCACUAACCCCGCCGGGCACCCGCUCGCGCAGCCUCCCUCCCCGCAUGCCAGCCAGCCCUUGGCCUCCUCCACCCCUUUCCUCGUGGCUGCCACUAACCCCCAGCAGUUUGGUUUCCCCUGCCCUGCCGUGUUUCCCGCCAGCAGCGGGGUCCCCGCCGCCUCCAGCCGCGCAGCCGCCCAGCCCUGCCCUUGGCCGCAGCCCGGGGACACACAGGCUUCAGCGCUCGUGGUUUUGCCCAGGGAGACACAGCCAGCUGAGAAGCCCCUUUUGCAGCAGACGACCAGUCCCCACCCGGUGAAGCCCAUCAGCGCCGCCGUGCAGGAGGUCUCUGCUGAGAAGAAGCAGCAGCACAGGUCCAGCCUGACCUCAGCCCUGAGCAAUGGCCUGGAGAAGCUGAGGACAGUCACCACGAGCAGCGUCCAGCCCGUGGCCCCGACCUCCCACCCGGAGAAAACGGACCCCAAGAAGUUAAAGGAUCCCACCGUGCUGGACCAGUCAGCCAAGUAUUACCACUUGACCCACGACGAGCUCAUCCAGCUGCUGCUGCAGAGGGAGAUGGAGCUGAGCAAGAAGGAGGAGCACAUCCACGAACUGGAGAACUACAUCGACCGGCUGCUGGUUCGCAUCAUGGAACAGUCUCCCACCCUCCUGCAGAUCCCCCUGGGGGAAGGCAGCACCAAGUAACCUCUGCCCAGAGACCAGCAGCACUCGCCUAGAGCACUUCUCCAGUAACCACGCUGCAAACAUCCCUGCACUCCCCCCCCUUCCUCUUCCCAGAGGGCUCCAGUGGCUUCUGUUCGCAGAGUUUAGCAGGGAAGGCUUGUCUGCUCCUUCCCAGCCCAAGCUUCUCCCAGCUCUGGCUCCAGGGAACUGUAGGGUGAGUGAUGGGCAGUCAUGCACCCUAUGGGGAGGAGCAGAGCCCUCCACAUGAGGCAGAUGCCUCCUUAGGUUCCUGUCCUUGUGACCAAGUGCCAUCUUCUCGGGCGCUCACCCUGCCAGUGCUUUAAGUGGCCCAUGGACAUCUGAGAGCUGGAAAACCACCUCGCCCACGACACUUCAUCCUGCUGCUGCUGCUCUUCUGCCCACACUCUUCCUCACCUGUCUUCUGAAGCGGUGUCCCCUGACUGGAGGAUGAUGUUGAACUGGUGGAGGACAGCGGGGAUGUUCAGACAUCUACCAGCAGGUUGGUGACUGCAGAGCGGGGCUGUUGUUGGAUGCCUCCUGCCCUUCCUGCCCCAUUCACCCCCCAGAUUGAAGGGUCUGUGUCUGAAGAGCCAGCUCCAGUUUGUGCCAGUUCCUGACCGCUGGGAGAUGCUACACAAAGGGACAGCAGUGGAGUUGGAGGCCACAAAGGACUUGAUCCAGUGUCACUGCCUGAGCAUGAGCUGUGUUGGCUCCUUCACUCCGUGGGUGCAGAGCGGUGAUGCUGCCUCAGUUCCUCCAAACUCAACUUGCAACAUGGAAAAGUGAUGGUUUGUGCACCAUGAGAGCUCCUUGCUCCCCACCCAACCCAUCCCCAGCCUGGCUGUGCCUCAGGGGGACGGACUCCUUUGUGUAUAAACCACAGCUCAGUUUUCUACUCAGUAUUCCAUGGGAAUUGCUCUCCAUGGCUGCCCCCAUCAUUGGCUCAGUGUUGUCUUUCCCAACCCAACAGGAAAAUGCCAUUGGACCAAAGUUCAUGGAUGUCUGACCAGCUGGCCACCUCUGCAUGACAUCCUGUGGGAUCAGGCUCCCACCAGACACUCCCUGUCACAGCUCACAAUCCAGGAAUCCUGGCAGAUCCACUUCCAGCCAGUGUUAGUGCCGAGCACUGCUGGAUCACAUCCACGUGCCACUGCUGGAUCUCUUGGGCCCAGCUCUGCUGGGAGCUGAGUGCUCCCAGCUGCUGACCAUGGAGGGACCAUCCAAAGGGCUCUGAUUUAUGUGGUUUAAUGAGAAUCCAGCACAGAUUUGGCAUUGGAAUUGCUGUGGAGGGGGAUGGAAAGGAUGUGGCUGCAUCUCUCAUCCUGCCAGGGUUUUGUCUAGAGAAGUGGUGGAGGGUUGGUUGGUGUGGGAUUUGAGCUGUCUUGACAUGUAAGGCAUCUUCCUCUUCUCUGUCUCCCAAAGUUACUGGAUUCUUUUAAAACCUCCAUACUCUUCUCUCCUUUCUUCCAUGUAUGCCAUGACUUUGAAAAACUGUGCCUUUUGCCAUAGGACAGUAGCAGUUUCCCACCCAGUUCUCUGAAAUCCAGUUCUCAUUUCCACACAGCCCAUCUGGGGCAGGUUUCUCUUCUGUUUUCCUGCUCACCCGAAAAAGUGAGUUUAUUUUUACAUGCAGAGCCUUCCCACCCCUGUGUGCAGGUACUUUGGGUCCUUGGCAGGAAUUCUGCACAGGAAGCUCAUGGGACGUGGGAGGCAGAGAGAUUAGGAGAUGACACAGGGAGGCAAGAGCAGGCCAAAUAUUCCAAGACAAAAUUCAGCUGGGUAAAGACAGUAUUGGGUCAGGAGAGAGGGAGGUUUGGUCCUGUCUGGUUAAACCAUCAUAUGAGGGGGAGGAUUUGUUACCUGGGAAGGUACCAGCCAUGAACUUCCAAUUCCUGCCUGCCUUGGCCCCUCACAUGGAAUAAUCUGAGGGUUUGCACUUCUCUACCUGUCCGUCCUGUCUUUGUGUUCCUCCUCCCUUUGUGUUUCUGGGAUAAGACCUGAGGCUCAGAAGGAAAAUGUUUCUCCCCUUUUAGAAAGUCCCAGAAAUAUCUCUGUGCCUCAGAUCCAAUGGCCUGAGCACCCCAUUCCCUUUCUGAGAGCCCCCAGAAGCUCUUCCUUUGAGGUGAAGGCGGGCAGGGAGGGGUUGUGGGCAGCUGGAAUUCAGCCCAGCCUUGGAAAAGCAGCACGGCACGGGAAUGAGGGCCAGGAGAAGGGGCAGGUGUAGCUCAAGUGGGCAUUAAUAAGGGGGAGGAGUAGAGCCAAAAUCUCCCAGGAGAAUCCCACACUGGCUCCCCACUCCCUAAAAACACAUCUGCUUCCUCGGAGCUCUCCCCCGGCAGCGCUGGCUCUGGAGGUGCUCCCCACACACGAGUGCCAGCGUUUCUAAGGAUCUCUCUCGCUGCACCUCCUCCCUGCCUUCUCCCCUCCUCUUCCAUCGUGUCUCACCACCCUCCCUCGGCCCCCACUGCCUUAGUCAGCUCUGCCUUUUAGCCAAAGCUUGAAUGUUUUGCACUCCAAUAUCUGAUGUUGCUCUCAGAGCUCAGCCGGGCGUGCAAGAGGUGCUUCCUCAUCUCCUGCCUUUAGAGCAACAGGAGCUUCCUCAAUAGGAGCUUCCUCAUCUGCCUUUCCAGCAACAGGAGCUUCCCCAUCUCCUGCCUUUCCAGCAACAGGAGCUUCCCCAUCUCCUGCCUUUCCAGCAAUACCUGCCCCUUCCAUCUCCUGCCUUUCGUGCAAGAGGUGCUUCCUUGUCUCCUGCCCUUCCAGCAACAGGAGCUUUCUCAUCUCCUGCUUUUAGAGCAAUAGGAGCUUCCCCAUCUCCUGCCUUUCCAGCAAUAGGUGCUUCCUCAUUUGCCUUUCCAGCAAGUAGGUGCUUCCUCACCUCCUGCCUUUGCAGCAAUACCUGCCCCUUCCAUCUCCUGCCUUUCCAGCAAUUCUCAAUUUUCCAGGUGCUUUCUCAACUCCUGCCUUUCCAGCAAGAGGUGCUUCCUCAUCUCUUGCCUUUCCAGCAAUAAGUGCUUCCUCAACUCCUGCCUUUCCAGCAAUACCUGCUCCCUCACCUCCUGCUUUCCCAGCAAUAGGAGCUUCCCUGUCUCCUGCCUUUCCAGCAAUACCUGCUCCCUCCAUCUCCUGCCUUUCCAGCAAUUCUCAGUUUUCCAGGUACUUUCUCAGCUCCUGUGUUUCCAGCAAUAGGUGCUUCCUCAUCUCCUGCCUUUCCAGCAAUACCUGUUCCCUCCAUCAUCUGCCUCUCCAGCAAUAAGUGCUUCCCCAUCUCCUGCCUUUCCAGCAAUAAAUGCUCCCUCCAUCCCCUGCCUUCCCAGCACUCCCUGCUCCCUCCCAUCUCCACAGGCCAAGGCAGGGUCUGGCACAGGUACCUUGGCGUGGGGUGUGAGGCAGGAGCUGCAAGAAGGAACAAGCAGUGAUGGGUGUUUCGUGUCUGUCCUCCAGUGUUUGGAAGUCCUGAGGUAUUUACAAAUUGACUUGUGUUUAGGAAAAGGCACCUUAGAGGUGCUCCUGUCUCUGUUCUCUGUUUCUCCACCCCCCUGUCCUGAAAAUGUGGGGCUUUUCCCACCACCCCCCCCAGACUGAUUCUGUCCAUCAGAGCAGCAGCUUGGCUACACCACAGCACUGAAACCAGAGUCUGUUUGAUUUGUUGUUAGAAGUUCCCAGAGGGAAAUGGUUUUGAGGACCUUGUGGAGGGAAGGGAUGAGGAAAAGAAUUGGUGUGUGUGGGGGAAAAUGUUCUCAAGUUGCCCAUGUUCUGUCUGGGGUUUAUCUUCGUAGUUAGUGAUCUAAAUCUCCGUUUUCUCACGAUUUAUUUGCCUGCCCAGGGGCAGGAGCAGAAUUCCUGCUCCUUGUUGGAGCCACACCGAGCUCUGUUCCUCUCUGCUGAACCCAGCAGCCCGCAAGGUUUCGCUGGGCCAGCAGCAGCUUUUCCCUGGCUCCAGUUUAAACACAGCCAUGAGGAUCCCUCUGUGGCUUUGCCUUUCUCCUGGACUUUGUUUUUCCAGGCCGUUCCACGUGGUUCCAGCAGGGUGCUGUUGCUCUGCUUUUCCUUUUCAGCCCAGGGUCCCGUUUCUUCCUUCUCAAGAACUUCGGCCGAGCGAUUUUAUUUUUCUCCUUGGCUGCUCCUUCUGGUCACAGGGUGGGCCAGAAGAACCACCGGGGUUUAUCCUUUAAAACUGGAACAAACCUGAAGAGAUGUGGAUUCCCAAGCGUAGACUCAGCCUUACGACUCGUCCGUGAAGAGACCGCCGCGUGUUUCGUGUUUUGUGGGGUGGCAAAACAUCCCAAAGCGGGAAAAGAAGCACCAGGGGGGGUUUGGAGUUGUUGAUUUCCCUGUACUUCACGUACCAAGGAAGUGGGUUCUGUGCGUUUCAUGUUUUAAUAGUUGCAACUAAUGUUUAUAAAGAGCUUGUUAUUUACGUUUUAAGCACUUUAAAGGAGGAAAAAAAAAAAAAUAAAAGUUGUUCAAGCUGUU